UCGGAAACCUCAGAAUUAUGGCAAUGUCCCUAAUCCAAGCCUGCCGCAGUCUGGCUCUCUCAACAUGGCUUCUUUCCUUUUGUUUUGUGCACUUGCUCUGCCUGGACUUCACGGUGGCUGAGAAAGAGGAAUGGUAUACAGCUUUUGUGAAUAUUACCUAUGUGGAUCCCGUGAGUUCGGAGUUCAGAACAGAGAAAACGGAGUGCGGUCGGUACGGGGAACACUCUUUGAAGCAGGAUACCAAGGGGGUGGUGGUGAUGCCCUCCUCUCCCCACGACAGAUUUGCUUGCGACCCCAACACUAGAUUUGCAGUCCCUGCCAAUGCCAAAAGCUGGGUAGCUCUUAUACCCAGAGGGAACUGUACAUACAGGGACAAGGUCCGCCAUGUUACCAGUCAAAAUGCGUCUGCUGUGGUCAUCUUUAAUGUGGGCUCCAGCAAUGUGAACGAGACUAUUACUAUGCCACAUGCAGGUACAGGAGACAUUGUGGUGAUCAUGAUUCCUGAACCCAAGGGAAGGGAGCUAAUGCUCCUGCUUGAGAAGAAUGUGACUGUAAUGAUGUACAUCACCAUCGGCACUCGGAAUCUCCAGAAAUAUGUCAGCCGAACCUCUGUGGUUUUCGUAUCCAUCUCGUUCAUUGUGCUCAUGAUCAUCUCGCUGGCCUGGCUUGUCUUCUACUACAUCCAGAGGUUUAGAUAUGCAAAUGCACGAGACAGGAACCAGAGGCGACUUGGAGAUGCAGCAAAAAAAGCCAUCAGUAAACUUCAAGUCCGAACCAUUAGGAAGGGAGACAAGGAAACAGAACCAGAGUAUGAUAACUGUGCAGUUUGCAUCGAGGGGUACAAACCAAAUGAUGUUGUCCGAAUUUUACCAUGUCGGCAUCUCUUCCAUAAGAACUGUGUAGAUCCAUGGCUUCAGGAUCAUCGCACAUGCCCAAUGUGCAAGAUGAACAUUCUCAAAGCAUUAGGAAUUCCACCAAAUGCAGACUGCACUGAUGAUAUCCCACCAGAUUACGAGGGAUCAAUAGGGGGACCUUCAGCGAAUCAGAUAACUGGGGCCAGUGAGUUAACAGUCAACGAGAGCUCGGUGGUCCUGGAUCCAGCAAUCCGUGCUGUGGGGCUCCCACAGGUCUUCCAGGAAAGCGAACCCAACCCUCAGGCUGGAGAGAUCAUCAUUAACACAAGCAGUGACCUGGAACCGGCGGUGAGCAGCGAUUCAGACACCUCGUUGAUUAUGGGUGUGGAAGUGGGGCUCUCGGAUGUGGAGAUCUCCACUGACCAGGACUACGAGGUUAAGUCAUGAAAUGUCUCAAAUGAAAUCUCUGGGAUUUAGACCAGGCAAUUUCUACCAGAGGAUAAAAACACACAAAAAAAUGAAUAAAGCGCCACAGGCUGCACUCCAUUUGGGAAUGGUCAAGGAAAGCAAUAGCAACACCCUUCUAAACACAACCUCAUCAACAUUGAGAUAUUGUUUCCACAAAUACAUUUUACAUAAUUGCAAUCGCAAUACUUGAACCGGCUGGCAAAUAUGAAACCGCUAACAUGUUAUUUAUGCUAUUUUUAUUUGUUCUGUUAUUCUUCACAUUAAGUCACUAGUUACGUUGUGGAGAUAUGUCUUUACAGCCUCCCCACCCUGUGUUUCCUUCCUAAGGGAUCUAAUCCUUAAAUUAGAAGAAUUGUUUCCCAGAAAUCACUGCCAAAACAUUCCAGUGGGGAAACGGGAAACUACAGUGUUUUAUUUAUUUAUUUUCCCAGGAUAAUGUUACCUAUGCUUUACAUUUGUCAAAAACGAGAAAAUUGUUGCACAGGAAAUUCUAUAAGUUCUGACCAGUGUCAAUUGAUGAAUAUCCCCACCUCCCUCACCCCAGUAUAAUCCUCAGAUAUCAGAUAUCUUAAAGCGUAUUGAUAGUGCAGAUUGUAAUUUAUCUCCUGGGAACAGCAAGAGUUGUACUUCUCCAAGAGUUCUGUGGACUCGCUUCACUGUUUGAUCCCUUCUUUUGGAGGAAAAAGAAGAUUGUGUCAACACAGGGUAAAGUAGUUUUCAUAUCUUCACAAUGUUCAACUUUGGUUCUCAAGCACUGUACUGUACAGUAUGUGUGUGCAUAAGAUUUCAGGAUGUAAUCCAAGGCAUUUCUGGGACAUCUGCUUGAAGGCAAUGUGGGAGAGAACCAAGUGGAAAGAUUUGUUUUUUGGAGUGACUUUCCAUUCAAGGACAAAACACUUGAAUCCCACAGCUGUGUGUUGUGUAAGGAUGGGGAGAUGAGUGAGAACUGUAUUCAAUGAUAAUGCAGUUUUGCUGAGCUUUACUGACAGUGGACUACAUGCCUGCCUGGAACAACUGACACAGCCAUGCUUUGAUGUGUAGGUAUGCCUUUGGAGGACUGUCCAUUUGCCAACACUCAAUAAUAUUAAGCAGACACAUAUUUCCUCAGAGCUGUUGUGGAAGAAGGCAUUUGCUAUACAUGCCAGCUGCAAAAUGAUAUGUAAUCCUAAAUUAACAAUUUUGCAAAUCAUGUCAUGUUAUGGUCUAUACUGCAAUGUACUUGCAAUAUCAGGACAUGUUAAAGCCAAAUUAAAUUGGGUCCCUGGUUAGGGGAUUAUCCCAGUCCACUGUUAGAUUGGACUCCCUUGUGCCCACUCUUAUAUCAUCAGCGCUCCAAGAAGGCCAUCGAAACUCAAAUGGAUCAUAAGUACUGACAGGCUCUAUACCCUAUUGGGCUUCUCCAUAUUUUAAUGGACUUUAACAAAGGGAGUAUUGUUUAGCUUACAACUGUCUGGCCCUGCAGUAUCACUCAUUUUACACUCUUCCAGGGAGCAAAAGGAAUUAGAGGCAACAUGGAUCCCUUUUUCAGGCCUGGCAUGAGAAUUGAUUCAAGUGAGCUUAGGUUCCCAAUUUUGGAUUCGGGCGUUAUCUGGUUAGAUAUUUAGUUCUGCUCACCCAUUGCUUAAAUUUACCAAAUUGAUGAUCAUACUUUUUUGUUGUUUUGUUUUUUUUAUAAUGAUGUUUCAACUGAGGCAGAAAAAACAACAGCUGAGAUUCUCCUUCAGUGGUUCAUCCAUAAUAAUCCAGCAGGGCCCAGCACUGAAUGCCAGUUGGUUUCAAUUUGAGCAGACAAUGUAUUGGGCCGAGAGCACUUCUGGGAUAGAAUGGAAAAUGGUAUAUCAAAUACAGUAUGGCACUUGUUUCAAGAGCACAUUUUUAUAUCAGGACUGGUAGAAACUGUUGGGAUUUCUUUGUAUUGCACAUCACGCUUUAAAAAAAAAAAAAAAAAAGUAGAAAGGUCUUUGAUUACAUUUAUUUUAGUAACUUGUACAUUUAUUUUUUCUAAACUAGAGAGAGAUUGUGUACAUAAUUGAAGUGUAACUUGGUACAGUAAUUAUUGAAUGUUUAAAAUGAAUGAAAAAACUGCAUUUCAUUUCACUCGUGUGUGUGUGUGUGUGUGUGCUAUCAUCGAACAUACAGCUUAAUGUUGAGGUACCAUUAAGCAAUAGCUGUUGUUUUUGUAUGACCAAACCAAGGGCAACCAGUCGGUAUACAGGAAAUUAAAACAAAACAUAAUUGAGACUCUUUUUUUUUUUUUUUUUUAAGUUACAGCAACAGCAUAAAGUAAUUUUUUUUUUUUAAGGUAAAAUUGUACUUCAUUACACUGACAAAAGCACGAGCCAAAAUGUUUGUUAACUUUCUUUUAUGAUUUAACUUUAUCAUGUAAGAACGCACAUUUCUGACUUCUAAUCAGACAACUGCUUCAAAGACAGCACUCCCUCUAUUGUGUUUACCACUGAUCUAAGAGAUAUCCAGCGAGAGACUGGAACAACUUCAGUGUAAAAAUAGAUAUGUGCUGCUUUGAUUAUGUGACAUUUAAAAAAGACAAACAAACAAAAAAAAGACAAUUGAAAUGGAACUGUUUGUAUUUGUACUGUACUGUAAGUUUUUAUACAGAGUCCUCACAAGAACAUUGCCUGCUGUAAACAGUGCAGUGAGGCUCUGGAGAGAACCUCUACACAGAAAUUAGAAGUAUGAAUGAAAUGCAGCACUCAGAUUUAAUGUGAUGGUGACAUAUCUAUAAUAUUCCAUCCCCAAUGGUUUAAUAAGAACAGAACAAUCAAAUAUUUAAACAUGUAGAAUCGUGUGGUUGUUUCCGUGAUUUAGCAGGUGGCAGGCCUGCUGUGUUGAACUUGAAAAAGCCUUCAGAGCCUCUAAACUUUAUUUAACGUGCCCUCUUUGGCACCGAUGUUGUGCUGCGAUACACACCUGAAGCAAAAUCACUGGCCAAUCCCAUCACUCCCAAUGUGGAAUAAAAGCAUUGCAGCUGAAAAAGACAACCAAACCUGUAGAAUGUAUUUGCAAUGUGGAAAACACAAACCAAAGCUUACAGGGUUUAUCGUGUAAUAUCCCUUUUUAAGUUGGCUUUAAAUAUCUUUAAUUUGUUAUUAUUGUACUGUAAGACUUUUUUUAGAAAGUGUUCAAGAUAUUAUUACUCAGCAGCUGUGCCUGUGGAUGUCUUGCAUGAGGACACAGUAAACUGAUGUAUUGAAGGUGCAGGUCAUCCCAUCAUAAACAAUUCUAGUACUGGAAUUGGGAGCAGAUCACAACAAAGUAGUCUGUAGAGUAGAACCAGAAAGUUUCAAUGUUCUGUAUGCUGGCAGCCUCCAGAUAACUAAUAACCUGAUUGUAUUAAACCAGUUAUGAUGCUGUAUUGAUUGAGGACCUGUGCAUCUGCAAAGGAAUCCACAGGUCCACUCUCCACUUGUCAGAAGCCUUAUUGAUUAGGGGAUCUUCAUUGAGUCACCCAUAGCUAAUGUUCUACUUAAGAUAUUUAUUUACUGUAGGAGCAGCUAUAUCACGGGGGGGCUAAAAAUGCCAGAUUGUUGAACUGUAGAAGUGGCAUGAAGAUGCAUCCUGUACAUUUCAGAUGGACAUGUGUACUUUGUAUUGGCCUGUACAAAGUUAAAUUGACAAUAAACAUCAUAAUUGGAUACAAACGGAAGCAUUAUCAUUGGGCAUUGAAUGCAUAAUUCACUGGGUUGAAGGUUUUCAGGUAGUGAAGCAGAGACUUACUGAUUCAAACAAAAAAAAUAUAUAUACUUUGUCGCAAUCGGUUGAUUUCCAAUGUUUCCACUAUUAUUUAACCCUCUAUGAUGUACCAUUUUAUUUCCUGUGUCAAGUGCGACCAGAUCUUUUGUUGUUUUAUUUGUAUUUUAGAGUUAAAAUGAGUAAAAACGUCAACUGUCAUACCAACUGUUCACUCCUGUGUAUGUCAUCUUAUUGUGAUACUAUCCCUGUAUUAUUCCAUUCAACCAAACAUCUUGUCUCCACCUGAUAAUGAAGCUUGAGUGUUCCGUAGCAGUUAGACUGGAGGUGUGCACUGCUGACCAAAUUUCACUCAGUCAGUCACUUCUGAAUAAUUUCAAAUAGUUUGGGUUCACAAGUUCGUGCUUCCUACAGUUAAAAAUGUGACUGGUGUCAACAAGAGAAACUCAAGCUUCCUUUCGCUAUAUAGGUCUUCUGUGUGCGGUUUUGAAACAAAACACACAUUAUAACAAUCACUGAUUUUGAUUUUAUGUCUGGUACCAUACUAGGCUAAAUAAAACUGUGUUACGUUCAGGUAGUCUUCCUGGUUCUUUUCACCUAGAGUGUGUCCUUACCCUACACAUUUUUUUUUUCUUGUCAUUAACCAGACAGCUAGGAUGUGAAACUAGCAGAACAGACUUCCUGUAACGAAGGCAUGUAAAUUGAAAGUUUUCAUUAACAUGGUAUGGUACCAUAUAUUUCCUUUGCUUCAUCUAAAACGACAUAGUGAAUGGAAGUGCCUGACAAGUAAAAUUAAUGGGAUUUAUUUCAUCUGUUGUUCACACUUUACUGUUAUUAGAAGGAACAAAUACCUCUACUAGUACUUUAUUUUUGUCUUUCAAUAUUUCAGCAUCUGCCAUGCACUAUAGCCUUGCUUUUGUAUAUUAUGUGUAUUUUCCUAAACAGUUUUCUAGUUGUGACAGAUAGCAUCCUUGUAUAGAUGGACACUGUACAACACUUUUAUAUGGUGGCUAAUUGAAGACAUGGGGGAUUGAGAUCUCCUGAUAAAAGAUCUCUGGAUCACGACAUUGCAGAUUGGUUAUGUCAGGAUUUCGGUGAGUUAAUGUAUGCCUUCUCCACAUAACCAAUUUAAAAAGUCAAAAUCCUGAGUAUUUUUCUUAUGAUCUCUCAAUGAGCCACUUUACAUUCAUGUGCUUACCUCCUUACAGUUCUAAUCAAUACUACUUUUCAUGAAUUAAAUGUUGUUGUUUUUUUAAACAGUGUUACUUCUGUUCAUUCUUGUGUUAAUUCAUUAUGUGUGUAAUGCUUUUCUUCCAGCAUCUCCCCCAAAUUCAUAUGAAAAGCAUAAAACUGCACUUAGCUAUUGUAAUCAGUUCACAUUUACGUAACUUUAAAGUCCUGUAUGCACGUAAAUAGCGAACAGUGGUGCAAGCCUGAACCAAGCGCCAGAUUAAAUCAAUGUAUUUUGUUCUAUGUAAUUCUAAGUGUGAGUAGGUUUGUCAAUUGUGGUUUGCACACUUAACCUGGCUUUGCUUCACUUUUAGUAAAAAAAAAUGCAUAGCGCUUCUUAUGUUUUAUCUACAUGCAAACAAAUAUUCUAGUUUUGUGAACAUUUCUAGCCAAGUGGCAAAAUUAUUACAUGGUGAUUUUUCCUUUUGUACACUUUCACAUUGAAUAAUUUAGCACUGUGCCAGCUGCUAAACAUUCUCUGCUUAACUAAUGCACUUGUGAAUUUGUAAAGUAAAAACUAUUCUUGUAAUUAUUUUUAAUGUACAGUAUUGAUUCUGCAUUUCAGCUUUGUUUUUUUUUACUGGAUGUAUAUAGCUGUCUAUAAUGCACUUUAUAUCUCUUGAGAAGUAAAAUGGGCUUCAGAGAAUGUCACUGUUUCAAAGGGAGCCUUCUAGAACUAGAAGUAAACAAGGCUACAUUAUUGUAUUUUGCUUUACAGUAGAUGCUAGACUCUGGGUUUGUCAAAAAAAGGGGGAAGAGGAUAUUGAUACUAAAAUGUGGAAAACACUAUCUCUGAAUAAUAUUGUUAUUUUGGUAUAUAGAAGAUACUGUAAAUAUGUGCAGCUGUGUUGAAAUACUGUUCUAGUAAGAUGUUGCAACUGUAAAACAAUGAUUGUGAGUUCUAAUAAAUUUUAUUGCAAGUUUUUCAUACUAC